AAGCAUGUAUAAUCUGUGCUCUUCCUCAUGAUUUGUCCUUCACCAGGGAUCACUGAGCGUGUUUUUUCACACUCCUCUCCUGCGGGGCUGCAGCACUGCACAGCUGACUGGGUUUUCUGCACUUGUAGUUUGAAACCUGUUGUGUGAAGCAGUGGAGUAACGCUGGAGUCCCCCCUGUCCAGCAUGUUUUGUUCUUUCUCUGUACCACACCUGAGCCAACUAAUCAGCUAAUUAACAGCUAAUCUUUCUCCGUGGUCAAAGCCCAUGUAAUUCCAGUAUAAUUAAAACAUGAGGCAUGACGUCUAGUUUAUACGUCAGUGGGGGUGUGCUUGUGUGAGUUUUCCAGAAUUUCUAAUUUAGUAACUACUUUUACUAGUUUAAUUACUGUGAUGAGUUUGGUAGUACAAAUAUAUAGUCAACUCUAGACUUUUUGGCAACUUUCAAUAAACUGGGCAAAAAUUAUUGUAUUGUAAUGUGAUUAGAGUACAUGCAUGUAUUGGAUAUAUAAUAUAAGCCCACAUUCUCUCAGCAGUAAAAACAAGUAGAAAACGCCUCAAACAUGAAAUUUGAUAGCUUUGAAGAAUAUUAAACAUAUUUAGCUUUUAAAAGUGUUGCAUUUGAUUUCCCACGGUUUAUAAAAUUGACAUGCAUGAAUAAAAUCUUACUUUUGUUGCCCUGUACAAAUCUAAGGCCAAAAUGCUAAAAUCAAGCUUUUUGACCUUGCGAAUCAUUGGCAUAUUUGGCCAAAAAAAAAAAAAAAAAAACCUGCCAUACCCAGUGUAAACAUGCAGGUGUGUCACUGAUGCCUUGGGUCUGUUUUAUGUCUAGUGGUCUAGUGACUUUGUGGAACUUGAAAGCACCAGACAUUGUGUACCAUUACCAGGAUAUUUUAGCCCAUAACCUGUUGUCUCCAAUAAUAGAUUAAGACUUGAUCUUUUAAAAAUAAUGAGCUGAAACUAGAUUUAAAUCAACACAUAAAUGGAGGUAAUGGCUGUCCCAGUGUCUGGACUGAAUCUCUGGAAUGUGGAGUGCUCCAUGAUCCUCUUGAAGUGUCUUCAACCCUGCAGAGACUCAGUGCUAGCCUGCUAUUCUCUCCAGGGGAGGCUUCAUCACAUCAUUGUGGGGUGCCAAUAAUUAUGAAACCAGCGUUUUAGAGGGGAAAAACGCACUCUAGCGUUAAAAUGCUGCGUUAAAUUAAAACAAUACAAACGGCACACAUUGUGUGUGUUACUUAUUUUAUUCAUUUUUCCUUAUUUUCAUGAAGGGGGCCAGUGUUUCCUGAUUUGACAGUGAAAUCUGUCGCAGUGAGUGAGAAGAGCUUUACAUUUGACUGCUGCUUCCCAUUAGCUCAGUGAUCCUGUGUGUUGCUGUGUGUUGCUGUGUGAGUGAAGCGCUGGGUUUUGGAGAUGGUGUGGGUUUUGUGGUGUCGCUCUGCGCAUUCACUGCGCUUUGAGAAGGUGGAGCCUGUGCGCUGUUCCUAUGGGGACCGAGGCGCAUGUAAAUGCCCAGCUCCUUCAGGCCACCUCACACACCCCUACACACUCCCACGGGCCCCACACACACACACACAAACACACACACACACACGGGCACUGAGCUCUCACUGGCCCACAGCAGCACCACCUGCACGGCGCACUUUGGAGCGAGCAGGCGCAGUCAGGUUGAUCAGUGCAUGAGGGAGGUGGAGGUGGUGCACCAGAGUGCUCUGGGAUUCCGCUUGGCUUCACAGCAUGGAGAAGUAUGAGAAGAUUGCAAAGAUCGGAGAAGGUUCAUACGGAGUCGUGUUCAAAUGCAGAAAUAAAGACACGGGACAAAUCGUCGCCAUUAAAAAGUUCGUGGAGUCAGAGGAUGACCCGGUUAUUAAAAGAAUUGCACUCAGGGAGAUCCGGAUGCUCAAGCAAUUGAAGCACUGUAACCUGGUCAACCUGAUUGAGGUUUUCAGGAGGAAGAGAAAACUGCAUCUAGUGUUUGAGUACUGCGAUCAUACGGUGCUCAAUGAGCUCGACAGAUAUCCCCGGGGAGUUCCAGAGCCUCUGGUUAAAAGCAUCACCUGGCAAACGCUACAAGCUGUUAACUUCUGCCACAAACAAAAUUGUAUCCACAGAGAUGUGAAGCCAGAGAAUAUACUCAUCACCAAACACCAGGUCAUAAAGCUCUGUGACUUUGGCUUUGCCAGGAUCCUCACGGGGCCGUGUGAUUAUUAUACAGACUACGUGGCCACUCGGUGGUACCGGGCUCCGGAGCUGCUGGUGGGAGACACUCAGUACGGCCCUCCGGUGGACGUGUGGGCGGUGGGUUGUGUGUUUGCUGAGCUGCUCUCUGGCGCUCCUCUGUGGCCGGGCAAAUCUGAUGUAGACCAGCUUUAUCUCAUAAGGAAAACAUUAGGUGAUUUGAUCCCCAGACACCAGCAGGUGUUCAGCAGUAACCAGUUCUUCAGCGGAGUGUGUGUUCCUGAACCACAAGAAAUGGAACCCCUGGAGCAAAAGUAUCCAAACAUCUCUUUCCAGGCAUUAAGUCUAAUGAAGGGUUGUCUGCAUAUGGAUCCUGCAGAGAGGUUAACCUGUGAGCAGCUGCUGGAGCAUCCGUAUUUUGACAGUCAGCGGGAGGAGACAGAGAGCGUGAUGCGAGAGCAUGACAGAGCGAAGAGACGAGCACGGCAACCCCGUAAACACCUGCCCCCGGGGUAUUUACCCCAGCUGACUGGCAGCAGUAUCUUCCCAGCGGUGGACAACAGGAAGUACUACAACAACAUGCGUAAAUUCAACUACCAUUUCCCCAACAUCUAGUUCUUCACGCUGGAACACACUUUAUACACCCCCAAUCUGCCCCAAACACUUUCAUACACUUUCCUAUUUUGGUUUCGCAUAUACUCACCUACCUUACGUCUUGCUCAGGAACAGAAGUCGCUGAGACGGUAAUGCUGGCUGCUCCAGUCACAAAGUGUCCUCGUUUUCUGUAGAAAGAAAAUCUCCACCACUCAUCUACAGCUGUACUGUCAGUCAGUUCACUGCUGUAUCUUUUUGUAUACGACUCAUCAGACCACUUGUGUACUCUGUGUGAUUGACAAAGAGCCCUGCUCUGCAUGUACACACACUGCUCUGAGUGUGACACUGCCUUUCUGAUUGCCAAAGUGCUGCGUGACGUGACACAGGGAAAACAGAUUGAUUGUCUCAUAUACACAGCUAACGAAGACCUUGGUUAGUGAAAGGAUAACUAAGCUGUAGGUAAUUAGCAUAAAACGUGCAGGAAUCAAACAAUUCCUCUAUUACUGUUUUUUUUUUUGUACAUUUAUGUUUUUCUGUCUCUUUAUAUUGUUAAUCUCAGACCAUCUAACUUCCUGUGACAGACGGAGGAAUAAAAAACAUUCCUUCUACUAAUAUUAUUACUCUAGGUCUAUGUUCUAAGUGUUGAUUUUGGAGUGAAUCGCAUUUAUGAAUCAUAUGAUUUAAAAAAAAAAGAGAGAGAGAGAGUAUAACUUGUGUUUUUGAUGGCUUUUAUUAGAGCCUUAAACAUUUAAAACAUUUAAUGAUAUUAUUGUUGCCUUGACAAGUGGUGCUAAUGAUCUUCUGGCCAUUGACUUGCACCCAAUGCCAAACUGCUAAAGACACAAGCCCAUUCCCCAGCCCUCGGACUCACCUUGUUACCUUCAACACACCCUCUUUCCCUGUAAAUAUCUCAUGACAUUUAGUUCUGCUGGUUUUCCAGUAAGACAGGCUCAACAGGGGAGUAAAUACGGGAACAAGAAAUUCUUGCUCUUUUUGUAUGUGAUUUAUUAAAGAGCUUUGAGCAAUGAAA